AUGGUACGCCGCAAGCACCGGCGGUAUGACACGGAAGACGAAGAGGGUAGUUCAUCUGGUGACAGCUACGACGAGGACUACUCGGAUGAUGGCGAGCAAGACGAGGAUGACAAGGAGGAGGCUUUGGUGCAGAAGGCGCUCUAUCGGAUCGAAAAGGCCCAAGCCAAGGGCCGGACUGACGUACGACUGAGCAAGGAAGAGGUUGCGGCCCUCGAGCGGAGACAGCGGCGCAUGGAGGAGGAGGAGCGAAGAAACCGCAGGCGGCGUCAGGAGCGUGUGGCUAUACCGCUUGCUCAGUUCGAGUCAAUGUCUCGACUGUCAGUUCCACGCCAAGCUUCCGGCUCCGGCUCCCUGUCAAGACAGCCUUCCGGGAGCGACGCACUUGAAGAGGACGAGGCCUCUCCUCAGAUGGGCUACUUUCCUCCUCCCUCCAGCUCGCGUCCUCGGCCAAAGUCUGGCCUUUCUACAUCUCGACCAUCCAGCAUCCAUGAGGACACAUCCAAAGACCCCUUCCUGUAUCAAACAGCUGGACCUCGUGCUUCACAUGCUCCCAAGCGCCAUGGCUCUGGUCAGUCAGACCUGAGUUCCAUGUCACGCCGUGGCAGACCCGGGUCGACCUCUGGCUGGAGCCAGCAAGGAUCGUCAAGGCGGCAAAGUUCCGAGGAGACCAGCGAAGAGCUAGCUCUGGCGGACGAGAGCCCGGGUCAAGCUGCCAAGGGUAGAGAAGAUAUAGUGGUCGAGGUAGAACCCGAGUCUCCUCCCGCGCGUGAAACAGCCUCGUCUCGCACGCGUUCAACAACGAGAAAGAGGAUUGAGCCGGCGCCAACCAGGAAGACGACAUCGAGCAGGACGACUACGGGAUCAGGGACUUCGACGGGAGUGCGAAGGAAGAGGAGAGAGGGCGAGGCGCGUUGA